AUGAGAGCUCUUUUGGUGCUGUUUUGGGCAUUUCUCGUGGCCAAAGCGCAAGAGGUUAGAUCGUCAAUUGAUGAGGAACUGCUAAUACCAAAUGAGACUGAGUCAGCUGGCAGCGCAGAUGAAACAUGCAUCGCUGAAGAUUCGUCUUUUGGGUUGGAUUCCGGAAAUUCCACUUCGAAUGAUAAAGAGGACCCAGUUGAAGAAGAGCUCCUCAACGAGGCGUUGCAAAAGCCUGUUUUUUUUGAGAAGCAAGAUGCUAUCAAGUACCCGUUCGCUGAGCAACUGACGCUGAAACCGUUGCCACGUAAUUAUAUGGUAGCGUCUUUCCAGUUCCAGAUGGCAUCCAACAACCUUUCUGUGGGCCAAUCGGAAACCGACUUCGAUGCGUACAGACAUUAUACUGUUUUUCCUAAGGCCAUUAGCCCAAUUCUAGAGUAUACAAACACACGGCAGCUGCAUCUUCGAUUCACUCACGGGCUGUGGGAUUCCGAGUCUUGGGGUCAAUUGCCACACAAAGGGUCCAAGUCUGGUGGUAAUGGUGUGGAACUCUGGGCGGUAAUAGAAGCCGAUUCAAAAGAGAUUGCAUUCAGACACUGGGUGUCGCUGGCUAACUCCCUGAGCGGACUCUUCUGCUCUUCCAUUAACUUCAUUGACUCAGAGAGAACUACUUACCCUGUUUCAUCUUUCCAACCUCAAGGCGACGGCGGGCUGCCGGUCUUUAAUGCUACAAACGGCUUAUUUUUGAUACGAGCGGCCUUGGCAAACGAGCCAAUCUGUACUGAAAACCUUACUCCUUUCCUGAAGCUCUUACCUACCAGAGGUAAAAGUGGGAUUUCGUCCCUAUUAGACGGGCACAAAGUCUUUGAUUCUAACUGGCACAGUAUGUCUCUUGAUGUUGAAACUACAUGUGACGGGAAUGAUUGCAAAUAUCACAUGGAGGAGCUUAUUGAAAUUGUCUUCAAUGUCCCCAACACGCUUGCUCGCGCGGAAAAGCCUAUCCCAAAGCCUGUCAAGGAGUCGGAUUUGAAAUGUGACGAAAGCAAACCACAUGACAAUUUUGAAUGCUUCCCACUUCCACAAAGUAAAGAAAUUAAGUUCCGACUAUCUGAACUGUUUGGAAAACAAAUUGUGGGCUCAAGCUUGAUUUCAGAGUCCCCAUCUCAGAUUUGCGCGGAUGUUAGCGACAACUGGAAGGCAUACAUUGAUGUUGACAACAUGCUUUUUGCAACUGACAACAAUUGCUUUAGUGUUAAAGAGAACAAACUGCAUGAUCUUUACCUAGAGUCUGAUGACACAACUCAGGUUACGCCUCCCGAGAGCGUACCCCUGUAUGUUUCUCGUUCUCUCACUGGAUAUGGACAGGACAGCGGUGGUUUGCGUACUGUUUUCAAAAAUCCAGGAAACGAAUCUGUCAACGCCAUAUACUUUGAGGCGCUUCCUUGGUAUAUGAGGAUCUAUCUCUCUUCUUUGAAAAUCGAAAGCGCAGACGGUCUUGAAAUUGAAGACGUUGUGAGAGGUACAUAUUAUCUACCAGCCAUUGACAGGGAGCGGCCCACACACUUGGAGUACAAUUUAACAAUUCCCGCAAAUACUACAAUUGCGCUCUCCUACCAAUUUGAUAAAGCGCUGCUUAAAUACGCUGAAUAUCCACCAGACGCGAACCAUGGAUUUGAAAUAGAAUCUGCAGUGGUGACUGUGCUUGAACCAGUAAGGUAUGAAAUGAGAACUGCUACUUUACUGCUCUCAUUAUCAACCCCGGAUUUCAGCAUGCCUUACAAUGUUAUAAUCUUGACUUCAACAGUAAUGGGUCUGGCUUUUGGGACCCUGUUUAACCUAAUGGUCAAGCGCCUUGUUCCUCUUGAGGAGGCAGAUAGGCAAGCUUCCCUUCGUCCUGGGCUGAAAGGCAAAGUGGCUAGAAUGCUCAAAGCAUUUUCAUUGAAACGGAAGAAGGUUGAUGAAGUUAAAAAACGGCAGUAG